AGCCACCCCAUGCACCCGGCAACAGUCCACUUCCCCAUAAGCUUCACCUUCCUAACCGGCGGCCUCGAUGCGCUAUACUUCGCCUCAACCUUUCCGGCGACCGCCGGCAUCGUCGCUUCUACCUUCGAAACCCUCGACAUCCGCCUCCAGCCCUCAACCCUCCCCCUCCUCUCCUACUACGCCACGCUCCUCACCCUCCUAACCGCCAUCCCCGCCGUCCUCACCGGCGCCUGGGAGCUCAUGCCGCUGAUCAAGCGCGACGGGCUGUCCAAAAAGGCGCAAACGGGGGUCCUGCACGCGCUGGCGAACGACAUCACCGUCUUCGGCGCGGCGUACAAUUGGUGGACCAGGCGGUCGGCGGUGGGCUUCGCGCCGAGCACGACGAAUGUGCUGGUUAGUGCGACCCUGGCGGUGCCGGCGAGCUUCUUCGCGGCGUAUUUGGGCGGUCAGCUGGUGUAUCAGUAUGGGAUGGGC